AGGGGGCGUGGCCUAAGGGCCCAAGCUGGGCGGAGCGGCGGCGCCGGCCGCAGUCCGGGCGGUGAUGGCGGCGACUGCUGUGGUGACGGUGACGGCCGCGGCCCCGGCCCCGGCCCCGGCCCCGGCCCCGGCCCCGGCGGAAGGCGCUUCUUCGGUGCACUGGUUCCGCAAGGGGCUGCGGCUGCACGACAACCCGGCGCUGCAGGCGGCCCUGCGCGGGGCGCGCUGCGUGCGAUGCGUCUACAUCCUCGACCCGUGGUUCGCGGCCUCGUCCUCGGUGGGCAUCAACCGCUGGAGGUUCCUCCUCCAGUCCCUGGAAGACCUGGACAUCAGCUUAAGGAAACUGAACUCUCGCCUCUUUGUAGUGCGAGGACAACCGACUGAUGUGUUCCCAAGACUCUUCAAGGAAUGGGCCGUGACCCGGCUGACCUUCGAAUACGACUCGGAGCCCUUCGGGAGAGAGCGGGACGCGGCCAUCGUGAAGAUGGCCAAGGAGGCCGGCGUGGAGGUGGUGACGGAGAACUCCCAUACGCUCUAUGACCUGGACAGGAUCAUUGAGCUGAAUGGGCAGAAACCGCCCCUCACCUACAAGCGCUUCCAGGCCAUCAUCAGCCGCAUGGAGCUGCCUAGAAAGCCCGUGAGCGGCGUGACGCGCCAGCAGAUGGAGCGGUGCCAGGCUGAGAUCCGGGAGGACCAUGACGAGGCCUACGGCGUCCCUUCCCUCGAGGAGCUCGGGUUCCCCACCGACGGACUGGGCCCGGCUGUUUGGCAAGGAGGGGAGACGGAAGCUCUGGCCCGACUGGACAAACACCUGGAAAGGAAGGCCUGGGUCGCCAACUAUGAGAGGCCGCGGAUGAACGCCACCUCACUGCUGGCCAGCCCCACGGGCCUCAGCCCCUACCUGCGCUUCGGGUGCCUCUCCUGCCGCCUCUUCUACUACCGCCUCUGGGAGCUGUACAAGAAGGUCAAGAGGAAUAACACACCGCCCCUGUCUCUGUACGGCCAGCUCCUUUGGCGCGAGUUUUUCUACACCGCGGCAACCAACAACCCCAAGUUUGACCGGAUGGAGGGAAACCCCAUCUGCAUCCAGAUCCCCUGGGACCGCAACCCGGAAGCCCUGGCCAAGUGGGCCGAGGGCAAAACCGGCUUCCCCUGGAUCGACGCCAUCAUGACCCAGCUUCGGCAGGAGGGCUGGAUCCACCACCUGGCGCGGCACGCGGUGGCCUGCUUCCUGACCCGCGGAGACCUCUGGGUCAGCUGGGAGAGCGGCGUCCGGGUGUUUGAUGAGCUGCUCCUGGAUGCAGACUUCAGUGUGAAUGCAGGGAGCUGGAUGUGGCUGUCCUGCAGCGCCUUCUUCCAGCAGUUCUUCCACUGCUACUGCCCGGUGGGCUUUGGUCGCCGCACAGACCCCAGUGGAGACUACGUCAGGCGAUACCUCCCCCAGCUGAAGGGCUUCCCCUCGCGCUACAUCUACGAGCCCUGGAACGCCCCCGAGUCUGUGCAGAAGGCGGCCAAGUGCAUCAUCGGGGUGGACUACCCCAAGCCCAUGGUCAACCACGCAGAGACCAGCCGGCUCAACAUUGAGCGCAUGAAGCAGAUCUACCAGCAGCUGUCGCGUUACCGAGGCCUCUGUUUACUGGCCUCUGUCCCGUCCUGCAUGGAAGACCUCAGCAGCCCCAUGGUGGAAGCAAGCGUGGGCCAGCCGGGCCUUAGCAGCGCAGGCCCAAAGGUCCCACCCUGCCCCCCAGCGUCCCCUAAACGCAAACACGAGACCCCGGACGAGGCUUGUGGAGGGGAGCACGGCAAACGGGCCCGUGUGAUGGUGGCAGUGCCCGGACCAGAGCUGGUGGGCAGAGAUGUGUGAGAGUGAGGGGCACCAGCUGGAGGGCGGCAGAAGAAGGGACACGCCGCAGAGCGGAGCAGACGCAGAGAGAGGCCGUGCUGCCGGUGACCACGAACUGCGGGGAAAGCCGGUGCCCCGGGAAGAGAGAGUGUGUGUGCCUGUGUCUGUGUGCAGGAUGCGGUGGGCAGUGGGGAGGAGGGAGCCUCCCCCCGGAUGUACCACCCUAGGCACCCCGGACUGUGGCUCUGUGCCCCCCACCGGCUGGAGCUUGUGGUUCAGUUGGUGAGCUUGCCCAGCUGCCCGUCGCUGCUGUCAAGGUGCCAGGCCUGCGCUUCCGCUCCCAUGAAGACCGUGAUACUGUAGCCGGGGCAGGGGGCCCAACACCGGCCUGGCCCCCCAUGGGUCCUCCCUUCUUCAACUACCCAAGCUCCUGAGGCCUAAGGGGAAUGGGCCUGAGCCCCUCCCUGGGCCCAGCUGUCCCACCUACCCUGCCCCCCUAGGACCCAGAUAAGCUUAAAGGGGAACGGGGUGGGGGUCUUCAGCCAGUCACAGGGUGGGUUCUUAAGGGAGUCCUCCCAGUGGCACCCUGCACUCCUCCCCUCCCCCCACUGAACAGGGGCUGCCAGCUCGGCCAACUGUGCUCCCUGCUGUGGUCCCCAAGGCCUUCUGGGAACCGGUCAGUGUGCUGGGAUGGCUGGGGAAACCAACCGAGGGGAGGCCAGGCCUCGAAUUCUGGGGGUGUCCAAGGGCCCCCCACCUCCAUCAUCGCCCCCACCCCCAGCCUCCUACCUCCCCUAAAGGGCUGAAGGUCUGCCUGAGGCUGGCGGAGAUAAACCGUGGUGCAGACAGAGUGUGAGGGACCCCGAGAAGUCUUCCUUCCUGCUCCAGCCUGUGGCGCGGCUGCAGAAAGAGACUGCGUGUGUGUGUGUGCGCACCUGUGCUGUGUGACGUGUGUACAUGUGUGUGCGCGCCUGUGCUGUGCCGUGUGUGUGUACAUGUGUGCUCUCUGUAUAUGUGUCUAACGUGUAUGUGUGCGUUAGUGUGCAUGCCUGUGCUGUGUGAUGUGUGUACAUGUAUGUAUGUGUGUGCGCGCCUGUGCUGUGCCGUGGCUGCCCGUGCACCUGUAUGGUUCUGGGACACCAGGCUGGCCCCGGGCCUCGUGUCACUUCCUGCCACGCUGGGACACCUCCCUGGCUCCGCCCCCUGCCCCCCCUUUCCCCCCAGCCUCCCCAUCUCCCCUCCCCAGCUUCAGGGGGCUCCGGCACCUUCUUCUUGAUGUGUCCCCAGCUUCUUGUCCCAAGAGUACCCUGAACAUUCGGCUGUGACCUUGAAAUGCACUUUGUCCCAGGGGGUCCGGAGCCAAGAGCAGUGGGACUGAGGAGAGCCCCGAGCUCCUGCUGGCUCCAGCUCGGUGCUGGGGCUGCUGCCCCUGAGCAGACUGGCCUGGGGGGGGGACAUGAAUUGGGGUCCAGACUUGGUUUUUAGCUUGUCAGAUAAUGGCUGGCUUCCCCCCCCCCCAGAUACCAAACCACCCCCCACCCCCAUCCCUUCCCUUUUAUUGGCGGCUGUGGCCUGUCCCGGCCUAAGUUGCCGUUGGAGCAGGAGGAGCCGGGCUUGGAGGGGCCUCUGUGGGCCUGGUCGGAGUUCUCCCUCCCCCUGCCUUGGUCUGGCCUCUGGGGCCCAGCCUCUGGGACCCGCUGCACAGGGCUCUGCCCGGAGUCAUCCCGAGGGAGGCGCGGGCAGCCCCGGGCCCGCUGUAUGGAGAGACUGCAGAAGCUCCUGACGGUUGGGAAGGUCUGUUGUGUUGCCCACGGGCUGCCUGUAAAAUACAGUCUUGUUUUCUAACC